AUGCGCUUCGGGGCAGUCUCAACACCGAUAGCAAGGUUGAGGGCUAGCUCCGCCCUGCGUACGACUCGGUCAUUCGUAUCCUCCUCUAUCGUGCGUGCAGCCCCACCAGCACCCACCCAACUUCCAAAAUCCACCGUGUCCAUAUCCUCUGCGCCAACUUCGGAUGAACUACAAGCACAGGAGCUCGAUGUGGACAUGAUACCCCAAGAGGAUGUCAAGCUGGAGCUUACAGAUCGGGCAGCAGAGCAACUGAAAUCUAUAGCCACGCGGGAGCACCACUGCAAUGCGGGCCUUCGCAUUGCAGUGCAAUCGGGAGGAUGCCACGGCUACCAGUAUACAAUGGAGCUCGCUUCCGAACGGAACGCAGAAGACUAUCACUUUACACAUCCUGCCAUAUCCCCAUCAAAUAUUUACAUUGACGCCGUCUCUCUCGGGCUCAUCAACGGCUCUACAAUAGAUUUUUCUACUGAACUUAUAGGGAGCUCGUUUCGGAUCGCGGAGAACCCGCAGGCAAAAGGUGGAUGCGGCUGUGGGAUUAGCUGGGAGAUGAAAGAUUGA